AUGCUACCACUUUCUUUGAACUUUAACAAAUGGCUUGAAGAAAACGGAGAUAAACUCCAACCACCUGUCAACAACUUUUUAUUGUUCCAAGGCAAGGAUACCACAGUGAUGGUUGUUGGCGGGCCUAAUCGGCGAACGGAUUAUCAUAUCAACGAAACGGAGGAAUGGUUUUAUCAGAUCAAAGGCAACAUGACACUCAAAGUCGUCGAUGAUGGUGAAUUUCGUGAUAUAAAUGUUGGCGAAGGCGAAAUGUUCUUAUUACCUGGCAAUACGCCUCACAACCCGGUGCGAUACGCUGAUACCAUCGGUAUUGUUGUCGAGCGAGUAAGACUUUCUCAUCAUCGGGAUGCAUUGCGAUGGUAUUGCUCAAACCCAGAUUGCAAAAGGAUUGUAUAUGAAGAAUGGUUUCACUGCACAGACCUUGGCACACAAUUGAAACCUAUCAUUGAACGAUUCGAAGCAAGCAAGGAUCUACGUACAUGCGAUCAUUGUGGAACCUUGAACCAUACCAAAUAG